AUGAGUCUUGAUGACUUCAAAGCGGACCUCAUUGACCAGGUCGUGCCGUUUCGGACGACGUCCGUCAAUGGGCCUAGCGUCGAGCGCCGACUCCGGCUGGUAGAACGUCUUGGCGGAGGAACCUAUGGCGAUGUUUACAAAGCUGUUGAGGAAGAGGAGGAAGAAAACGACCGGGGUUCUGCUCGCGCUCGUGACAGGCCCGGCAUAUCCACUGCAGAGGCGACAGCCGAAGCAACGAACGGCGAAGACGCGUCUGCUAAGGAGGGCAGUGAGAAGAAAACAAAGGGGAACUUUUACGCUGUGAAGUAUUAUAAAGAUGAGACCCGGACGAUCAUGGAAGAAGGCAUCAGCUGCACGACGGUCAGAGAACUUUCGGCGGUUGCGGGCUGCGGGCACCACCCGAACGUGGUGCGGAUGGAGUCGCUGUUCGUGGAUCCACUGCCGCGUCUGGCGCGAGCGAUCAACCAGCAGCGCUUGACUUGGGCGCGAAAUCAGCAGAGCGCGUUGUCCUCUCAGCAGUUUUCUCACUUGCAGGAACAGCUUCAGAAAGAGGAGCUGAAGCCGCAGCAGAACUUUGUCUUCGCGGCCUACGAGUUCUGUCCCGGCGGGGACUUGAAGAAACUUCUCGCGAUGCAUCGACAGUCUGCGGGAAAUCAGGAGAGUGGCACAGGCUCGCCACCUCCACUCAGCUGGGGGUUGCCGCUCCGUCACGUCAAGCGACUUGCCUUCCAGCUUCUCAACGGUCUCGCCUUUCUUCACAGCGAAAAUCUUUGUCAUCGAGAUCUCAAGCCCGACAACUUGAUGUUGACGGGAACCGACCCUGAGACAGCCGUCCUGAAGAUCGGGGAUUUGGGUCUCUGUCGUGAGCUCCGCUACAACGUCGGGGAUAUCACACCCACUGUGUGCACGAUCUACUAUCGCUCUCUCGAGGUUCUUCUUGGCAGAAUUCAACCCGCAAAUGACAGAGACCGCGCCAAAUACGCAAACGAAAACGGCUUGGCUGCUCAUUACGGCCUCGGAGUGGACCUAUGGAGUGCAGGGUGUAUCCUGGCGGAAAUGAUUCGAGGAACUCCGCUCUUCAAAGGCACACAGGAGUUCGAGGUCCUCAUCCGCGUUACGAAAGUUCUGGGAACCCCCACAGAGGAAGAGUGGACGAACUGCUGUCGACUUCAGCACUACCCCUUCCGAAACCUAUCUGAGAGCCACUUUUUCUCGGAGCACGACAAGCGACAGAACUUGAACGCAGUUCUCCAAGGCAAACUCGACCUCGAUGGGCUCGACCUCCUCGCUCGAAUGCUCGACUACAAUCCGCACCGACGAAUCACCGCAGCCGAAGCUCUCAGUCAUCAGUGGUUUACGGACGUUUGCUUUCAACAGCUGGACGGCGUGGGCGUUCACAACUGGUAUCUGGAUGUGUUGAAGUUUCGUUUGGGCGAGGAAACAUUCGAAGCGAUGGAGCGCCGAAGGCCGUACACUCUCAAAACAACCAGACUGUCGCACGUGAUCUGCCAACGGAAUUACAAAGGCGCGUUGCUCCAGCGAAUCAACCGUGUGUUCAGAGAGGUCGGAUGCUUCCGGGAUCAAGAGAAAAUCGACUACUGGAAAGCAGUGCUGGCGGCAGAAGAAGCUCAGAUGCGCCGGCGACGUUCUCGUCCUGUUCCUUCGCCUCCGUCCUCCUCUUCUCCAGUCGGGCCGGCAACGACUUCUUCGUCUCCCAGGUGUCGCGUGAACUCGCCACUUUCGAGCGAGUCUGCAGUUUCACGUUCUGCGCGUUUUCUAUGUCCAGCCGAGAACACCCGCGUUUCUGGAAGGGACUUGAAUUCUUCGUCUGUCUGUUCGCUGGCUUCUCCCGAUGAAAAUUGCCCCCCUGAUUUGCCCAGAGCGCAAGCGAAGAAGUCCAUUCCGCCGCUCGGCCUCUCUGCGAAGGAAGGCGACGGAGAAGAAGCCGCUGCAGGGCCGCUGGCGGCGAAGCGGGCGCCCGCUCAAGAGUCCGUGGGUUCCGGUGUACGUACCGCUGAGAGGGCCGCGCCGAUUUCGACGAGCGGCCGGGUGCCGAGCCAGACAGAGCGGCGACCGGCGAGUUCCGUCGCGUCAGGAUUCUCUUCUGAACAGCUGGGUGCCAAGCCUUCGAUGGACUGUGCACCUUCUUUUUCUCUUCCGGUCGCGUCUCGGUUGUUGAGUGCGCAACAGACCAGUGGCGAGCCCCGGGCGCCGUCGCUCUCAAGUUCUUCGCGGCCUUCGUCUGGCGCAGUUGGAGAGACUUGCGCGGGAGAACGCGUGCAAGGGCGGCGGAGCGGACGGCAGCGGGAGGGAGAGGAGAGCGAUUUUGCAGCCUUUUCUGUGCAAGUGGCCCAGCGUCUUCUUGCGAAUCCUCUAAGUUCGUUUCCAAUGCUAUCCUGUCGCCUGCUGUUUGAGGCGCCGCGGGAGACAAGUCGCGAGCGAAAGGAAGAGUUCCAUGGGCUGACUACCGCGUACCAAGGAGACAGGGAGAGUCGCCGGGUGGGAGACGAGGCUGCGCGGGGAGACGCGGAGAUGGAGGUCGACGAGGAGGCGCACAGUGUCGAUACACUCGGACAGGGGCCGCGAAGAGAGAUCAAGGGCGACGAGAAGAAGGACGAAAAUGAGUUCUUUCAUCCCCCGUCUGUAGGUGAGAAGAGGAGACACCGCGUCUCUUCUUCUCCUUCGCUGGUCCUGCCUUUCCUUCUCGGCAGCGGCAGAGAAAACGAGGUCGAAAAGGGGGGAUACACGAAAGAAGGAAGUGUGCAAGGCGACCGCAAAGAUGAACGAGAGGAACAGAGAGAAGACGAGGAGCGACGGCAGCCGAAACGGCGACAACUCGCUCCCUCAGGCGUCUUCGGCUCUUCCUCCGCUCUCGAUCUGAAAGACAGAGCAGACGCGUUGAAUCACCAGCGUCCAUGUUUGAGUCGGUCAGGAGAGGCCGGGGCAGAGACGGCCGAGGGCGAGACCGAGGCAGGCGCGUCCUCGACUUCGCUUGGCAAACAAGAGCCAGAUUCUCUCCAUGGAAAUCUUGCAGAGCUUGCCGGACAUCUUCGCUGCAGACCGACGGCGUCGGGAGCAAUGCCUUCGCUUGAAGAGCUCGACAGCUCCCAAGACGCGGCGCAGCUUUCCUUCGGACCCACUGUGGGGACCGGCGCCGCUGAACAGGAAGAGUGUGGGGAGUAUUCUAGCAAGGCAUUGAGAGCGCGAGACUCACAGGGGGCCGACUCCUCGCGAGAAGAGAUGUUGACAGAGAAGAGAGCAAAGGGCGAGAAGGUGCAAGGCAUUCUGACCCGAAUGAGGCGGUCUGUUGCACCCUCUGCCGCUUCUGGAAGCACCUCACUUUCCGCUUCGAGUGCAGCGAACUCCUACGCGGCUCCGCUGCGAGAUGCUUCGUGCCGCGGGGGCAUGCGCCGCUCUACGCGGGUCCAAGCUCUGGGGGGCGUCCCAACCGCGGCUUCUUCCCUUUCCUCGACUGUAAGGCGAAACAAGGCGGCAAAUGCGGAGUGCCCCGGCCACCUCUCUGACGAAGUGCGUGACUCGAAAGACAAGACCCGCAGAGCUUCGUCGGCUUCGGGUCGCGUGGAAAUGCCUCGACAAGAGGCGGUCCCGAGUCGAGUGGGCAGAAGAGUGGGCGAAAAGGACAAGAAGGUUUCGGCGUUUGCCUCGGAAGCGAAGAAGAGAGAGAAGAGCGAAGGAACAGGAAAGAAAGACGCGCUCAGUGGCGUGUCGACAACGGCGGGGAGAGGACGAAGACGGGGGGGAUGCGCGAGGGCUGCGGGACGGACCACGGGUGUCGCUUGA